UCGUGACGCUCGACGCUCACAGUUGAGACCCAGCAGCAGUUUGGCGCCGUACAGUGUUGUGUGUCGAGAGAGAGAGACAAGUGGUGUGAGUGUUGUGUGUGUUGUGUGUGUGUUGGCUUGAGAGAGAGAGAGAAGGUCUCUAGCUGUGAGUGUGUUUGUGUGUGUCUUGAUCGUAUUGAAUUGAAUUGGCCGUGUGCAAUCUAGAUAUAUAAUUAGCUGGCGAAAAGUGGCCUACAUGUAAGAAAAGCAUCGGCUGGCGCCACCCAGAGGUUUCGUCGAAUGCUGAGCUGCUGCAGCCACUGCAGUCUGACUGGAGUGGGUAAAAAUGCGCCCGGGAUUGAUCACAUCGGCGUUUGAUAGUUGAGACACAAGACGACGGUGGGCACAACCAGUUUUGGGCCUCCUUUUCUCGUCGUCGUCGUCGUCGUCAUGAUGGCCGAGCCCAGCAGCAGUCACAGCAAGCCGACGGUUCAGCAACAACAGCAGUUUGUUGCCAACGAAUUGUCGUCGAGCAAGACAUCAACUUUGCCCGUCCGUGACCGGCUCAACACGCCGACCCAACCACGGACGGAUGCAACUCACAAUUCAGGAGAUGGGCGCAAUGUGCGCGGUCCGCGCUGCAUCACGAUCCAGCGUUCCAGCGCCGGAUUCGGAUUUACCUUGCGUCACUUUAUCGUCUACCCGCCCGAUUCCGUUUCCGAUUGCCCCGAGGAAUGGCAGCGAGGAAUGUCGGCCGGCCUGCUCGACCCCAUGAUACCCAUGGACACCAUCUUCGUCAAGCACGUGAGAGAGAACGGACCCGCCGUCAAGGCUGGACUUUCCACUGGUGACCAGGUGGUGAGUGUCAAUGGCGAGUCGGUCAUGUGCAAAUCCUACGCCCAGGUGGUGCAGAUGAUACAGAAAAGUGGACCCAAUCUCCAGCUGGUCGUGAUGCCCAAAGAGCACGACGUCCUCCAGCAGUGUUUCGCCGAUACGGCCCACAAUCCGUACACGAAUGCCAGGCCAGUGAUUCCAGCGGCCGGCAGUGCCGAAGACCAGACGGGCAAAAUGACGAUGAUGAUGGACCCCCUGAAGCCCAACAACAUCAUGUCGCACCUGCCGCGGCCAAAACCUUACCAACCCUUCCAGGUGGAAACCAAAAAGCCCGUGACGCCACAACAACAGGCCGGCGCCCACGUUCAGAAAGCGACGCAGCAGCAACCGCUCGGUCGGGUCCUGUCGCCACUGGUGACGGCCGGAACGACGACCACUACCACCACGACGACGGCAGCCAUCAGCCGCCCCACGGCGGCGGCUAGCGACGAUGCGGCCGUUGCGGCUCAGGCCCGUCUGGCCGCCGCCGCCGCUCUCGUGUCGAAAAGCGUCCGCAAAUCGGCCGAUUUCAAUCCCAACGGAGGAGCUGCCGGCAGUCGCGGCAGUUUGGUCGGCGGCGGAGGAGGCGACUACUACCCCGGAGCGACGACGGGAUUCUCGUCGUCGUCCGUUUCGGCCGUCUCGGCUGUCCACUCGAAAAGAAGUUCCUACGCCGGAACGCCAACUUGCAAAACGGAAUUCAUUCACAGCAUCAACGCUCCGGCCGCUUUCACCAGUCCUCCAGCGGCGGCCGGAUCGGUCGGCGGCCACGCCCGUUACGCCGAUCCGUCCAGUCUGCCCCAUCACCACCACCACCAGCAACAACAACAGCCACAGCAGCACCACCAGUUCCAUUACCCGGUGCAUCCGAUGGAAAUGGUGGCGGCCAUCCACGGCAGCGUGUCCAGCCUCCAGCAACAGCAGCAGAACCUGCGCGACUCUCCGCUCAAUUCCAGCAAGGGCAGUCUGUACUCGGCCGCCUCCGAGUGCAACGAGCAGCAGUCGCACCAGCAGGCCCAGGUCAUGACCCGCAUCAAGAAGAGCUUUGAGCAAAAGGAGGAAUUCCUCAAGAGGCCGGCCCUGCCCUACUGGGUCAACGUCCAGGAGGCCCAGCAGUCGCCGCCCGUCCCCAAAGAAUUUUACGCCCAGCCGCAGAAAUUCGCCCGGCCCGUCUGGCCGCCCAUCAGCGCCUCGCUGACGGCGUCGCUCGACUCGCUCUCCUCCUCGGACGUGACGACCACGCCCACCCAGCAACAACCUCCGCAACAACUUCCGCUUCAACAACAUCACAAAUCGACGGCUGUUACCAAGACGGAAGUGAUCCACACGGGCAUCACGUCGAUGGAGCCCUGGUCCAUCUCCUUCACCUCCAAGAGAGCCACGCCCCCGGCCAGUCCGUCUCAGUCGCCGGGCGCCGUCGGCCUGGGAUUGGUGCCCAACACGGUGCCCAAACCUUUUUACGGCUCGACCAACACCACGACGACGACGACAACAACGACGACGGUGACGGCCAGCAGCAACAGCAUGGGCAGCCCGUCCGGCAACAAACAAUUCGUGUCGACGUUGAGUCGGAUCCAGGAGAACAUUGCGGCUGAACCUCCGCCGGAGCCCAAGCCCAGCCGGCAGUUGACGUUGAUGCACGCCCCGCUGGCUUCGCCGGAAGAAUUUUUCACGCCGUCACCCACCAAGGCCGGCCAGCAUCCGCUGGCCGCCUCUUCGGUAGCAACAGCCACUGCCGCUGCUUCUGCUGCUGCUGCUCCGGUCGUCGUCAAGCGAACCAAACCGUUUGAAAAUGGCGCCGAAAAGGGCCUUCUGGCCCGGAUCGCUCAGCGCGGCAAACAACAACAGGAAGCGGCCGCCGUCGCCGCCGCCGCCUCCGCCGCUGCCGCCGAACGAUACAGUAAAUCGACGUCGGAAUUUCAACGGGUGCCGACCGGCGGUUCGGGCAACCGCACCGUCAUCAUUGGCAGUUCGAAUUUGCAUUGCCAACCGCCCGCCAUGGAAAUGGAAUUCCCACCCAACACCUAUGAUGCACAAGUCACGUGGAACGAGGAGGAGGAACGUAAAAGUCUCGUCUUGAGGCAGCACUCGUACCGUUCCGCCGUCCGUGAUUUCGCCGCCUCAGCUUCCUCGCCUAGUCCGCUACAACUGACAACUGACUUGUCGCUGGAUGAGAACUCGAACACGAGUGCGUCCAGCAGCAUUGUGGCGGUCAGUCGCGUCAAAAAGCGACCCUCCCACUUGCAACUAACCGGCAACAACCAGCUGAGCCAACAACAACAACAACAGCAACAACAACAGUCGUGGCUCGUCCAACAACCGCCCGCCAAAGGUCCUUGCUUGCAAACUGACAUCGACGCCGAUGACAAUGUCUCUGCUACUACCACUACUACUACCUCUACCUCCUCCAACAACAACAACAUUAACUGUUUGGCCACGGUCGAUAGGACCGGAAGCUCUGGUAGUCCAUUGUCCCUGCCACGACCCAGUCCCAUCGCUUCUGAUUUUGAGUUGUCCGUUUUGGAGCGAUUCGACCAGCUCCUGGCUUCUUUAGGGACCUCCUCAGGAUCGAGCAGCCUCGGCAGUAGCGGGAGCAUCACCGUCCACCAACAGCAGGAGAGUCAACAGUCGAUCACGAAAAUGACGACGACACCCGCCGCGACGGCCAGUGUCAAUCGACGCCAAAAGAUUUACGAUGACGACUCUGACCGGGGCAUGAGACGCAUAUCGUAUCUGAAAGCGCAGGCCGGCAAUCCCGUCGACGGGCCGUCUCUACUCGUGUCGGCCACCACCACGGAAGCCGAAACGGUGGUGACGGCCACCACCAACACGGCCACCACCACCACGACGCCCAUCAACAACGAGCACACAGCCAAAGGUUCGACUUCGUGGGCCGUGGUUAAGGUGGAGACGAAUCUGACGAUGAUGGUGUCGGCGAUGGAUCGUGUCCAGCCGCCGGUUGGCAUGAUCUCUCGCCUCCGGCAGUAUUUCGAAGACAAGUCGAGGCCACCUCCUCCGCCUCCAUCGCAUCAGCGCAUUGCCGCCGCCACCACCACCACCAACGCCACACCAACUCCCCUGUCGUCGACUUCGACGCUGGCCAGCAAAACGGCCGCCGCCUCGGCCCAUCCUCCACCGCUGGCCCCCAGUCGACGUUCUGCCCAUCAGCCGCACAGCAUCCAGAAACUGCGUUCGCUCUUUGGCGACACCAAAGUCUCACUGACGUCCAAAUCGCAGCAGCAGGGAGGAGGAGGAGAUUCCAGCGGAGCUCAUCCGCCCAGUCCGUCGGAAGCCGAGGGACGCGAAGGAUGGCUCUACGUCAAGCAGACCAUCAUCGACUGCCGACGAUCCACCGACCGAUCCUGGAGGCAAAUGUGGACCCGCAUCCGAUCGGGCACGGUCCAUUUCACGCGGGAUCGCAACACGGCCAUGGCCAGCAACGGCAACAACAGCUACAGCAGCUACAACAGCAACAGCGGCUCGACGCCAGGAGCCGGAGCCGAUGACAUGAUGAUCGACUUGCGCGGAUGCACCGUCGAGGUGGCCGUCUACUACACCAAACGCAAGAACGUCCUCCGGCUGUCGACGUUCAACGGCCUCUGCGAGUACCUGAUGCAGUGCGAGGACAGCAGCGACAUGGUCCUCUGGCUGGACUCGUUCCAGCAGGAGCAGGCCGCCGCCAACAGCAGCGACAAGGAGGACGGACCGGGGUCCAGCUACAGCAGCAGCGAGAUGAUGUUGGUCAGACAGGCUCACGAGGCCGAUAACAAUUCAAUGGCCCACGGCCGUCGCAUGGGCCGCUUCACUCUGCACCGCAAUCGCUCGCCCACCGGACACUCGCCCGUCUCCAAGACGCGGAAACCCAGUUUGCCGGGAACGAUAGGCGGUGGUGGCGGCGGCGGCGGGAGCAACAGCACCGACGGCCCCAAUUCCACGCCGGCCAACGCCAACAAACCCACCACCUGGCGGCGUAAAGUUGUCCAGCAAUUCAAAAAGAUCCAGGGCAAUUCUCCCAAUUCACAAGCCAACGCGAUGAUACCCGAAGGAGCCACGAUCGGAGUUCCGCUGGAAUUCUGCCCGCGAUCCUCCCUGUCGGAGAGCAUUCCGCUGAUUGUGGAACUCUGCGUCGGGAUCGUCGAAGCCCGCGGACUGGAGAGCGUCGGCGUCUACCGAGUGCCGGGCAACAGCGUGGCCGUCAACGCCCUGUCGGACUCGCUCAACCGCGGUUUCGACGGGCUGAACCAGUCGGAUCCGCGCUGGAACGACGUCAACGUCAUCUCGUCGCUGAUGAAAUCCUUUUUCCGCAAACUGCCCGACCCGCUGGUGACGUCUGAACUCUACGGGGCCUUGAUCGAGGCCAGCAAGACGGAGCCGGAGCAGGUGCGAUUCAAUUCCAUCAAGCGGCUGGUGGACGAGCUGCCGGAGCCGCACUACUCGACGCUGCGCUACCUGGUGGGCCACUUGUCUCGGGUGGCCGGCAAGAGCCACGUCAACAAGAUGGAAGCCCGCAACCUGGCCAUCGUCUUUGGUCCGACGCUGAUCCGGCCAGGUGACGACAGCACCGUCACCAUGGUGACGGACAUGUCGCAUCAGUGCCGCAUCGUCGAGACGCUCAUCGACAAGGUCGACUUCUUCUUCCCUCCCGAUCAGGAUCAACCGGUGGACCCUGUCCAGCAGCAGCAGCAGCAACCCAAUUCGCCCACUACUCUGGCCAGCAAUAGCAACCUGUUGAGCAGCGCCGACGAGCGCAAGGAUUCCUACGCCAAAGAAAUUGUCUUGUCCAUCAUCACGGCCGCCCGCAAGAAGCGGCAGACGUCGCUGGACAGCCCCGACUUGAGCGAGCGAGGCGACGCCGCGCCGGUCUUCCCCGUGAUGCCCGUGCCCGUGGUGGUGACCACCACGGCCUCUGCGACGAUGACGACGGCCACCAUUUCCACGACUCUCAUCAUGGCCGCCCAGUUCAGUAGCAGCGCAACAGUUCCUACCGGCUCUGCACAUUCUCUAGUCGAACUCGGAUCCACCGGAGGACAGCCGGCCUUGCCGGUGGAAGCCUCCGAGUUCCGUUUGAGCACGGCCGAAGUGCCGGCCACGCCCCCGACGGUCGAGAGGAAGCGGUCGGCCUCGCUGGGCGGUGAAACGGUCAUGCCGCCGCCGUCGCCCAUUUUGGCCAUGGCCGACCUGGCCGGCAUCACGGAAAUGGGGACGGACGGAUUGGCCCAGGCCUCUGGGUCGUCGGAGCCGUUCCGCAGUCGGACCUCGUCUGGAAGUUUUGUCGUCCAUAAACUCCACCCCAUCGACGCUGCCGGAAUACGGAGCUAUUCCGGUCUGAGUGCCGUCACCCAGGAGCGCAUCCGCCUCUUUGAGCAGGAAACGAAAGCAAUGUUGCAAAGAGAUUUGGCCCGUCAAGUCAGGAGAGAGGGCGAGCCAAUGCCGGCGGCAUUGGCUGGAGUCCGUCGCCUGGACAAGACGGAAGUCGAGUCUGCCUGGCAUCGAGCCAAACUGGAAAUGGAAACGGAUGACUUUCUCGACGUCCUGGCUGACAAUCUUUCCGAAGUGGCCGACUCGACGGCGGACGCAUCCCACAAAGACAAAGACAACCAACCGGAACAACAACAACAACAACCGCAGCAGCAGCAGCAGCAGGCGGAGCAGCCCAAAACACGAGUGGAUCCACUUCCUGUUGCCGUUGUGAUGGAAAAUGGUGGCGCCGAUGAAAAACUUCUACCUCGACCCACCAACGAGAAGGAGCCGGAAGCUGUCCAAGUAUUGCCCGUUGUUCAAAAGGAGCAAGACAAUGUCCCAGUCGCCGAAGAAAAGCUGGACGAGAAACCGGCCGUCGAGUUGCAAGUGGGCAAUGCCGUUGUCGUCAAAUCCUCUGCCGGCCGAAUCGUCGCUGCCAACAAAAGCACCGCAACAACAACAACAACAGUCAAACAACAGACGACAAUUGUUGCCGGAGUAGCCGGAGCUGUCGGUCGAUCUCAAAUCCCCAAACCCUCUGCCACCGCAAACAAGUCGGCCAACGAUCCAGCCCCGACCGGCAAAGUGGCGGCCGUCGACUCGGCCAAAAUUUCACCAACCAAAUCAACGAUGUCGAUUUCAUCCUCGUCGUCGUCGGCCGUCAGGAACCGAUCGUCGAUGGCCGUCGUCGGCCGAGCCAAGACGGUGGAGCUGGGCAAAAGCGCGGCGCCGCCGGCCGGCAAGAAGAUGAGCGUCGGUGAGCUCCAGGCUCCCAAAGUCAUCCGUCAAAUGUCGGCGGGGCAGAUGCAACCGCAGUCGCCCAGCAGGAUCCUGCCCGUCAAAGGCAAUGCGCGUCUUAAGAGCGCCGAGACGAGUCCGACCAAGAAGGCCAGCAUCGCCAGUUUGAACAAAACGGAAGAGACGAAAAAGGCUGCGACAACGACCGAUGGUGAGCAGUCGAAGCGUUUACUGGAAUCAAACCUGGACGAAGCUGUCAACAUCUCCGACCAGCCCAGAGGCGGACUCAAGGAAGCGGAGCUGGCCGAUCGAGCCAACAGCAAACAGCCGAGCGUGAGACGCGAGUCGAAAAGCACCGAGGUCGUUGGCAAGGGCGUCAAGCGCUCCGACUCGUUGACCAAGAACGAGAAGACGGAGAGCAACACGAAAGCGCGCGAGCGGGAAAUGAGGCAGACGGGCGGCCAGAAAACGGCCAAGAAAUUCGUCCAACGGAGCGGCGAGUCUGGGCUCAAGCGGCGCCACACGGUCGGCGGCACUCGCGAUUUCGACAAGGUGCGGAUCCGCUGGCUGGCCGACAAAAGUGAUGAGAGAAACGUCAUUCCGGCUCCACGCUGGUCGGCCUGGGACCGUCUCCAGCCCUUGAUUAGCGACGAGGAUCUCAACGUGGACCGCAGUCUCAAGACGUGGAUGCGCAGCGAACGCAUCAGGACCAGCUCACCGGAAUUGUGUCGCAGAUCCGAAAUGGCCUGCGCCACCAUCAUCAACAACAGUUUGUCGCCGCCACCACUAACUGAUUCGCAGCCACUCGAGGCCCCCUCGUCUGCCAUCCGAGCGGAUGGAGACGUUUCCAGCCCGUGAAAAAAUGAACGGUGUGGCAGUCAAAAGAAAGAAUAUUGACGUUUGCAUGGGGAAAUUCUAAAUAAUAAAUCAGAAAAUUCUAUUUUUAAAAAAAGUUUAAGAAAAAAGGAGAAAGUAAAAAAAAAAAUGUCCGUUGAUGGCGGGAAUUUGUUGUUUCGAAUGACAUCAAAUGACUUUUCAUUUUCUUUUCUUUUUCAUUCAAACAAAAAAAAAAUGUUCAAUGUAAAUGUUUUUCUGUUCGUGUUGAUUGUGUACAGAUGAAAAUAGUAGUGCGUCGCGUCGGUCGGGUUCCUCCACCCCCCCACCCCUACCACCACCACCCUUAAAAGCUGUGAUGAUAAUUUUUAUUUUUUACCAAAAACAAAAAGUGUACAUUCAAAACAAAAAAUCAUGGCUCUCUUAUGGCGCGGCACGAUCGUCUGCCCGCCGUUGGCCCAUUCGCACGCACUUUCGCCAUUUUGUAAUGUUCUGAAACAUGUUUCCUCCCGUGAAAAAAAACAACAACAAUAUUGUGUAGUACAGUGACUUACAUAACGACCUUCUUUAACCUGAAUUAUUUGAUUAUAUAUGGGAUUAGUACGCUUGACGUGCCGUCCAUUCAUUUUCUUGCUCUCUAUAUAUCUCUUGUUGCGUCAGCCAUGACAUAAACUUUUAACAAGACAAGAUAUAAUAAAAGAGAAAAUAAAACUAAAAAGGCAUAUGGCAAUUUUUGGAUGCCACAGAAUAAAACGUGACAAAUGAAAUUACACUGAUUUAAAUUCAA